AUGUCGGAAAAAAAAAAGUAUAUCGAGGAAAAUGGAGAAGAGGAGACGGAACGUGGCCACUGGGGACACAAAAUGGACUUUAUGCUGUCUUGCAUUGGUUAUGCUGUAGGUCUUGGUAAUGUAUGGCGAUUUCCAUACCUAUGUGCUGCUAGCGGAGGAGGAGCUUUCCUUAUUCCGUAUUGUACCAUGUUAAUCCUUGUCGGAAUACCUAUUUUCUUUAUGGAACUUGCAAUUGGCCAAUAUACGCAAGAGGGACCUCUUAAAGUAUGGGAAAAUCUGUUUCCUUUACUGAAAGGCGUUGGUUAUGCUAUGCUGGUGUGCUCUUUCGGUGUUGGUAUUUACUACAACAUCAUCAUUGCUUGGUGCUACUACUUUAUGUUUGCAUCUAUGCAAGAUCCAUUACCUUGGGCAAGUUGCAAUCAUACAUGGAAUACCGCAACCUGCCGUGUGAGUGUAGUACGAUGCCCUGCAGCUAAUGCAACCGCGGCCCCUACCACUAUGAUUACUAGAGCAAUUAACGCUACUAAAGCUCCUUGCCUCCCGAUUAAUGCACCUGUAACUACACCUAGUGAAGAAUAUUGGAAUCGUGAGGUAUUAAAAAUUAGCUCUGGAAUUGGUCAACCUGGUGAAGUUCGAUGGCAUUUAGCUUUGUGUUUAUUGUUGGCUUGGAUUGUAAUUUAUUUCUGUAUUUUCAAGGGUAUUAAAUCAUCUGGAAAGGUCGUAUAUUUCUCGGCCACCUUUCCUUACGUCGUGCUUGUAAUUUUAUUAAUCCGUGGAGUAACUCUUCCAGGCCAUUUAGAUGGAAUUCUGUUUUAUCUAACUCCUAGAUGGGAGAAACUUGGGGAUGCGAACGUGUGGGCAUCUGCGACUACACAAAUUUUCUUUUCGCUUAGUGUAGGUUUUGGAGGUUUGAUUACUAUGGCCAGCUAUAACCAGUUUUAUAACAACUGUUUUAGGGAUUCUUUAACAGUAUCAUUGAUCAACUGUGGCACCAGUUUCUUUGCUGGUUUUGUAAUCUUUUCAGUUGUUGGUUUCAUGGCCUAUGCUUCUGGUAGACCAGUUGAAGCAGUUGCAGAUCAAGGUGUUAGUCUCGCGUUUAUUGUUUAUCCUGCCGCUGUAGCUCAGAUGCCUGUAUCGCAAUUAUGGUCAAUUAUAUUUUUCUUUAUGUUGAUAACCCUUGGAAUGGAUAGUCAGUUCGCCUUCAUGGAAACUAUUAUUACUGCUGCCGUUGAUGAGUAUCCAGCUGUAUUAAGGUCAAGAAAGUGGAUUAUCAGUAUGAUUGGCUGUUGCCUUAUGUAUCUAUUAGGCCUUCCUUGCGCAACACAAGCUGGCGCUUACGUAGUACAAUUGUUGGACGACCACGUUGCCGGAAUCUCGUUAUUGAUUUUGUGCAUCUUCGAAUGUAUUGCUGUUGGUUGGGGAUAUGGCGCAUUUAGGCUUGCCAAAGACAUCGAAAAAAUGAUUGGUUAUAAACCAUUUUUGUAUUACUGGUGGAUCUUGUGUUGGAAGUUUAUUUCACUUGGCACUCUUUUGUUCGUAACUGUCUUCAAGAUUGUUGGAUAUACUCCAUCUUCAUACGGUGGAAAACCUAUGCCUGCUUGGGCAGAUGGUGUUGGAUGGUUUACUGCGUGCUGUUCCAUGGUAUUCAUCCCUGGAAUUGCAAUCUUUAAAUUAUUUACCGCAAAUGGCUCUUGGAGCGAUCGAUUUAGAGAAUUAACAACACCAAGAGAUGAUAAGUUUGGUGAUUUGCAACGGCUAACUUCAAUUUUUAAUAAUUCUGCUUGA